AUGUGUUCGCAGAAGAGGACUCAUGUGUUCUUGGCACCCUCAGUUGUUGAUAAAGACUGUGUUGAUAGCAGCUCUGCAGCCUGGACCGAAGUGGAGCUGAGUUGGCAGGAUGGGGCACUACAAACAAGGAAAAUGCUGGCUUCUGCUAACAAGUCAUCACUUAUCUACCAUCCAUUGUCAAUUGCUGAUGGAGGUCAAUAUCCAAAUACAUCCACGGACAAAGUAUGUUCAGCUUCUAUCUUAGAGUAUCUGGAAAGCUGUUUUCCAAGAACGGAGCAGGAGCCUCCCAAAGCUCCCUCCUGCCUGUCCCAUCACUCCCAGUAUCUCAGCACAUGGACUCUGAGUCAGGCUCUUAUUCUGAAAGGAAGCCCCUCAGCGUCCACAACUGUUCAGACACCGUCCAGAACUCCUCAGGUCUCAGCCAGCUCCUCCAGCACCACCCCAGAGCUGUCCUUGAGCCCGGCCACACACUCAGCGGAGCUCUUCUCUGCGUCAAGUCCCACCUCUGGAGAUGAGGAGGACUGCGUGCUGCUCAAGGCCACAGCCGAGGGGCUUCUCUGCUCACAGGGGCAAGAGGCGGAUGAGUCGCCAUCUAAAAACACAAAACUUUCAGAGGAGUACAUUGCAAAAACGUCUGUAGAAAAACAUGGCUCUGUAGAAAAACAUGGCUCUGUAGAUGCCGGCCCCACCACACGGUUGGCAUCUUGUGUCAAAGCUGGAACUCACUACUCUGUUUUGGUGGCUGUCGUGCAUCCAUGUCAUUUAAAAGAGAUAAAGCUUAAAUCAGGAACACGUUUACCUCUUGCCUCCAUCAUUGUUACGGACCAAUCAGGAGUGGAGAUGAAGGUGGCCCUCUGGAGGAGAGCAGCAUUCUGGGUGCUUACUGUCAAUACUGCCGAUAUUCUCCUGAUAACUGAACUGCAGAUAAAUGAGGACACAUGGAGAGGAGAGCGACUUCUGCGUUCCACAUACAACAGUAAACUCCUGAACCUGGGUAGAGUCCCCUGCCCUGGGUCUCUGACAGGCUCUCAACAAGUCAGGGCCAGAGCUUUGAAACCUUUGUAUGAUUUUCUAACCAAACACCGCCCCCUGCUGGUAUCACUGCCCAUCGCUCCAACGCAAACACUGAGUCACAUCCCUUACGCCUCCAUCCGGUCACUGAGACUCAAUACACUGGUGCACAUGCUGCUGCGAGUGACCCAUACCCACCUCAGCAAAGAGUGGCAGUGUGAGGCAGAUUCCCGGUGCAGGUCAGCUCUUCAGCGCAGGGCUGUUGUCAGUGUGGAGCAGCCUGGAGGCCAGCAGGGAGUGCUCGUCCUGUGGGGGGCCGCUGUCGAAUGGUUGCCACGCUUAAUCCAAGAGACAAACACCGUAUGGGACUUCCAUCAUCUGUUGGUGAGAGAGGGAAUGGCCUUCGACAGUCCUGAACUGCACUCCACCUGCUGGAGCUCUGUGCACGUCCUGGACCGAACUGACCCCAGAAUCAAGAGCUUUGUCCAGCCAUUCAGAACAGUCAACAGCUGCAGUGUGGAGUUGGACCUGAAAACACUUUUGUCUCAGAAAUACAGUGGUGAUGUUGAACUAAGGGUUAAUGUAGACUCCUUCCAUUUCCGCUCAACUCCCCAGUCUCCACUUCCUCCAGUGGUCCUGGAUCGGACCUCCUCCCCUGCAGCGGUGCACAAGCUGCUAUCAAGUGACAUCACAUUCAUGGGCUGUGGCCGCUGUGCAGCCGAGCUCGACACAGACUCCAAUGGCAUCUUCUGCCCCUGUUACCCAUGCCUCCCUCACACAAGUGUUCGCUGUUACUACAGGCCUGCAGUGUUCACCCUCACAGAUGGAGACCAUCAGAUGUGUGUUCAGGUGCCUCCUGUUCUGCUCCACAAGUUUUUCACCGUCCCCCCUGACAAACUCUGCAGGAGCACAGCUCCAGGGUCAGAGGUGAAGAACAUCGAGCUGGCAGUACAGCGCCUUCAUCAUGUCCUCUCACUCCCAACCAAAGACUUCACUGUGAUGGUCCAGACGCACUUCCUGUGUGACAGUAACAGUGUCCCCCUUCAUCAGGAGUUCACACUGCUCGACUUUCUAUAG